UCUUUAUAGUGAUUAGCUCCAUCCUGAGAGUAUGUAGGGCCUCUGUGCUGUCACCUCAUCAACAUAAACUCAUGUUUUUAAUGGAGAACAAAAGAUACCUUUAUCACUUAGGAAAUUACAAGGGUUUUACAACCUCAAUGUCAAGAACUAUGAAUGAAGACAAGUAUAUUUCUUAUUUUACAUAACAUAAAAUUGUCACUACAUAGUUACUUGACAUGAAGGCUUUUUUAAAACAGUUUUAUUUCUAACUAGGAUUAUGAGAGAUUACAGAAUGAUUCACUUCUGUUCUGUCCUAGAACGCAGGAAGAUCCAUCAUCCUCUGCCAUAUCACCUGCGCAGUCGAAGCAUUCAGAAGAAUGUGGAACGAUGCUGUGAAUAUAAUAUGUCUGCAAGUAUUAAUCAGAGCGGAGGUCAUUACCUAUUAAAGCAAAAUCAUGAUAUGUCUGAGAUGAGUGAAAAACUUAUAGAAUCAAAUUUAAAUUUUGAAAACCAAAACAAAAGCUGUAACUUAAAGAAUUCCAUUGAGUUGAAUGGAGAUAGGACAUGCAUUGUGCAUGCUAACCAAGAACAAUUUUACACUGAAAUCACAUUGCCUGGCAGUACCAAACCCAUUAAUAAGAAGUCCCAGAUCACCCUAGAGAGAGUACAUGUAUGCACUGAAUGUGGGAAAGCCUUUGUGAAGAUGUCUCAGCUCACUGAUCACCACAGAGUUCACACAAGAGAGAAACCUUAUGGGUGCAGUCUGUGUGGGAAAACUUUCAGCAGAAAAUCCAGGCUCACCGAACAUCAGAGAAUUCAUUCGGGACUCAAACAGUAUGAAUGUACUGAAUGUGACAAAACCUUCCUCAAGAAAUCACACUUCAGUAGACAUCAGAAAACUCACAUGGGAGAGAAACCUUAUAUGUGCAGUGAAUGUGGGAAAGAGUUCAUCAAAAAGUUUUGGCUCAUUUGUCAUCAGAGAACUCAUACAGGGGAGAAACCUAUUGGUGCAGUCUAUGUGAGAGACCUUCUGUACAAAGUUCUAAUCUAA